UCUAUCUAUAUAAAUAUCUAUGUCUAUAUAAUUUCAUAUAAUACGCGAAGGAAAUCGUUUAAAACUAAAUUGAUACAGAAAUAUUGUAUGCUUCGUGUUUUUAGUAGUUGCUCUUUGAAUUGCAACACAGCAUGGAAAAAGAUUUCGAUUAAAACAAUCAUGAAAAACUGAAGAUGUAUAAUGAACUUCUUUUGAAAGGAGUAAAAUCUUAUUUGGGGAAUGUAAAAGGUUCAUUUGUAGUGAAGACCAAGAAAUAGUCCUUUAUUGCUAGGAUUAUGGAAAAGCUUGAUUUUUUACGGGAUGGACCACCAUGGAAUCCAGGAGUUUUGUUGACAUCGCAUCUCGCACCAAACGUGCAAACAAGACAGUUAAUUAGCUUAAGCACGCAAGACUUGCGUAACGGAAAUAUGCUUCGAUACGCCGAAAGUCCGCGUGUAGCUUACGAGAAAGCAUCACCUAUCAAAGAGGCAGAUCUAGUGUCGAUAAAUGUAUGCGGCAUGGUUUACGAGACUCUACAAAGUACGUUGCAAAAAUUUCCUAAUACAUUACUUGGCGAUGAAAAAAGGCGCGAAAAGCAUUUUGUUAAUUCACGAAAUAUGUAUUUCUUCGAUCGAAAUCGUCAAUCAUUCGAAGCUAUCUUGUAUUACUAUCAAACUGGUGGGAUUUUGAUAAGACCGCCGAAUGUUCCCAUGGUGCUUUUCUCUGAAGAAAUCUCCUUCUUUGACCUUGGAGAAGUUGCUUUCAUGAAACUACAAGAGGAGGAAGGAUACAUACCAGACAAGGAGCGUCUUUUACCCAAAAAAGAAUGGCAACGAAAAAUUUGGGAACUGUUUGAGUUCCCUGACACAAGUACAGCCGCGCGAAUAUUAGCUGGGUGGUCUAUUUUUGUGAUCGUGCUUUCUAUAACCGUUUUUUGUGUUGAAACUUUGCCUGAAUUUUCGAAAGAAGACAGUGAAAAUACCACAAGUACUGAGAAUAACAGCCGAAAUAAAUUCACUCAACCGUGGUUUUCAUUAGAGCUCGGCUGCAUAGUUUGGUUCACUUUUGAAUACAUUAUGCGCUUAAUAUCUUCUCCACAAAAAUGGAAAUUCUUAAAAUCAUUUUUAAAUGUUAUAGAUUUGCUCGCCAUUGCUCCAUAUUUUAUAACGUUGUCAUUAAGUAAUGGCGACACCACACCGUUAUCGGUGUUACGUGUCGUACGGCUAGUCAGAGUAUUUCGUAUAUUCAAAUUAUCAAGACAUUCCUUGGGGUUACGUAUACUUGGACACACGCUGAAGGCAAGUGUUAGUGAACUAGGUAUGUUGAUAUUCUUUCUGAUAUUAGGUGUGAUUUUAUUUUCAAGCGCUAUCUUCUACGCCGAGCAAGGCCAGAACGACGAGUUUCAAAGUAUACCUGAUACUUUUUGGUAUUGUCUGGUCACUAUGACAACAGUUGGAUAUGGCGAUAAAGUACCGGCAACUUUAAUUGGUAAAUUAGUCGGCAGUUUGUGUGCAAUUGUUGGCGUACUAAUGAUUGCGUUACCCGUCCCUGUCAUUGUCUCAAAUUUUGAAUUCUUCUACAAACGCGAUCGUAUGUCAUACGAUAAUCGCACGAUCACCGGUGAACCCUUUCGACCGGCAUCUGGAACACCAGAAAAGUCCUCCGAGCCGUUACUCAAAUGUGAGACAGGCAUGUAACAGAGAUAUUAUUUGAUCUGAAUAUAUAUGCAUAGGACUAAUGCUUAGUUCAAAAAUAAGUCGUUAAUAAUAAAAUAAAAUUAAUUCAUUACUUUAGCAUUAGAUAUACGAGCUUAGGAAUGUAGUUUUCAUUCUAGACCCCAGAGCGCUUCAAGAUAAACCUCGGUUUUAACCUCAAAGAGCUAUGGGGACGAGAAUUGUAGUGUUCUUUCUCUUGUAAAUAAAAUAUGCUAUUUUUUUACGUAUUAAUAUAGAAAUGGUGAGUACAAUAAAAAGUGUGAUAAAACCCUCCUCUUUUGUUGUCAUACCAACCUCGUUCCAAGGGCUUGGUAGGUGUUUUUGUAUUGGACUGGAAUCUGCUAUACAACUAACAGGCCCUGGGGGAGGUCGUUAGUAUGUAAUUUCUAUGUAAUUAUAUAUGAACAGCAGGGCAGGGAUCCUGUCGACAUUGUUUUGCAGGAGGAGAAACAUGUCGAAUGAAAGGUAAAAUGUUAUAAUUGCAAACAGAGAGGCCAUAUUUUGAAUUUGUGAUAAGAAAACAAAAUUAUCUCCAGGCCUUGUUCGUUGCACUAUAAAAAAACCCUAAGAAAUCCUGGACUGGACACGAAGUUCAUAAGAUGGUCGUGGGCUUCUAUUUUUGACUUAAACCUGCAACAAAGUUCUGGCAUUUCAUCUUGUUAUCAGAUUAUAAUGUGAAGGAUAACUUUUUUAACUGCGAUGCUAAAUUUUACAGCACUUUUAUUUUCUCAAUUUGACCCUAAUCACGAAGUUAAAUCUGUGGAAAACGUAAAAUUUGCAUAAAAAACUCUUCUUAAAAAAAAAGAAAAUAAGAAAA